CUUAAGGAAAAAAGAAGUAAAUAAACCCCUCCAAAUGUGUCAACUUUUAAAUUGCCAUCCCUCCGCAGUCCAUCGAUCCUUCCGUCAGCCAAUCCAUUUGCCAAAUUAUGAAGACGAUCGUACCAUGAUGAGCGUCGAAGCCUGCCGCUCUCUGUCGUCCACAUCCGAAUCCAAUAAAAGAUAUUUCCAUUGUGGACAGUGCCGAAAAUUGCUGGGGUCGUUAUUCGCGGUACAAAGACAUCGGCCCAAGUGCCAAUCCCAGGGUCCAUGUGGCGUGUCAGCGCACGAUCACACCUUUGUCAAUGAGAAAUUUCCAGACAUGGCUGCGGCCAAAGCCUGGGUCAUCGCCCAAGAACUUGACAAAUCAUUUGCCACCAGCAUCGUCAAAGGCAAUUAUGUUGCCUACCAUUGUCGACUUCGUCGAUCGCGGAAAUCGGAAAAACUGGUCCCUGAUCCUACCAAAAGAAGGUCAGUGAAAGGCAAGCCCGUUUACAAUUGUCAGGCCCAAUUCACCCUUAACCUGACCAAGUUGUGUCAAUGUGACACAGUGGACGACAACUCUGAAUGCAAUAAUUACCAUGAGACAUUUCGCCUACGUGGAUGCCUGACUCAUUCGCACACGAUUGAGCCUCAAUAUCUGCGCUUAUCCAAAGUGAAGAGAAACACUUUGCUGUCACUCCUGAAAAAAGGUGUGGCUAAAAGCACCAUUUUGAAGCAAUACUGCUCUUUGUAUCCGGCCGAGGAUGCCGAUUAUAAGCUGAUAACAGCGAUCGAUCUCGAAAACCUCCAGCGGCAGUUAAUGCGUGAUAAAAGCAAUGCCGGUCCUGGCCAAGAGAUCAAUGAAUCUGCUCAAGCUGCGGUUGAAGAUCAGAGCUCAGAGCCCCCUUCUCACCGCGAUGAUGCUUUGGAGCAUUUGGAACAACCAGAAAGCCGGCGAUUACAAGCGAUUUCGAGCUUAGACCAAUGGAAGGCGUUCCUGGAAAUGGAUAAGCCCUGGAGUGAGAAACGGGCAUUGAUUGAAAAAAAUGAGGAUCUGGGUCAAUGCCUUUCGUUGUCUCGUUAUGGCAACAUUAUCCCUCAUGGGAAUGAGCGUACGAAUUCAUUGCAUUCUUGAACGAACACCCCCAGUCUCGAAUUGACUAGAUCCGUUCAUGGUGAAGCGGUUAUAUUUGAUGUGGAAUAUGUGGCGGGUGUUUCAGAAAUACUUAAAACCGAAUUUAACCCUUA